GUUACAACCAAAUUAGAAGGAACGACAAUACUUUCUUCUUACAUUUCUUAUUUACUGUUGAUACAUAUACUUUUGAAUGGAAGGCAAUGUUUCACAAAGACGUCUCUACAACACACCUACAACGUCUCAUUCAAAAGAAUCACCUCACCUUUUUAUUCAAUAUGACAAGCGCUGGCGCUGGUGGCAUAUCUUAUUUCUUAUUAUUGUAUUAAUUGGUUUGAUAGAACUUAUUCUCAUCUUGGUUGGUUAUAUUUUUUUACAUUUCAAAUCCUCUCCUAUUCGAAUAGAAUUACGACAAUACCCAAAGAUCAAAUAUCAACCAUUGGAUCAAACAACUUAUCCAUCUUUUUGGAGAAAUAGUACCAGUGUAUAUCAUAUUACAAAAGAAUUUGGACCUGCAACUAUGGGUGGGAUGGGAAUGGUAUUAACUGCACUCACUACUGAACAACAACGUACUGGACAACUUGAUGUCAAUAUUGUUUUACCUUAUUACUCUUAUUUGAAACACAAACAAAAAGGCGAUGAGCUUCAUCGAGUCACCGAUCUAGUCAUGUAUAUUCAAGAUAAACAUAAUACUUAUAGCACUUUGGAUACCAAUCAAGCAUCUUCAUUACAUUCGUCUUCAUUGUCAACAGCAACUACAUCAACUAAAAACGAAUCACCUUGGGUUCCACUAGAAUUUCGUGUCACCAAAUGGAAAUAUACUUCAAUCCCACCUCCACCAGCUGUCAAUCAAACAACAUGGUAUAUAGACGAUCGUGGCAACAACCAAACACUUCCUGCUGAUAUGCAACGACCUUCUUUGAAACAUGAACAAUUGACUGUUUAUUUAAUUGGCCCUGGUAAUCGCUCUCCAUUUAGUAUGGCUUUCCGUGCACGUAAUCCGGUUGGCAUCUAUAGUUCUCCCAAAGGUUUACCUCAAGAAUGGAAAGAUCAAUAUUUUUUAAAGGCGGCUGCAACGUUUCUCUCCUUCCAAGCUAGUGCUGCUAGUCAUGAUCAAUCUUUAUUUGCGCCUACAAGUGAUCUGGUAUCUCCUGCUGGUGUGGAUGUGGUUCAUAUUCAUGGUGCGACCAAUGCUUAUCUUGCUCAUUAUCUUCAAGACCCAACCCUUUGGAAUGCUGCUCUCCCUCGACCUUCAGUGGUGUAUACAAUGCAUGAUUAUCUGGAUGAAUUACAAUAUACCAAUACUAUAGCCAAUGUACAUAAAUUCGAUCCUACACCACCACAGACAACAACUAUCAUUCAUGGCAACAAGAUGUUUAUGUCAAGUUUAGCAAUCGAAUUAGCCAAUGUAGUCACCUUUGUCAGUCAAACAAUGGCGAUGGAAAUGGUGGAAGGACAAAUGGAUUUUUAUUUGAAGGAAUUGGUGAUGGAAGCCAUUUUGCAAAAGGCAGAUCAAGGUCGAUUCUUUGGGAUCAGUAACGGAGUGGAUUAUCGACAUGCACAUCCUUUCCACAGCAAACGAUUAACGAAAUCCAAAUUAGCGUAUCCUUCUUUUGCAUGGCAACAACUGGUAUCUCACAAGUCAUCUUUUACUCUGUCGAAUCAUUCUACAGAUUAUAUCUCAAUUCAUAAGGAUCGUGCGAAACGUUGGUUAGUUCGAAAAAAGGUAUUAGCACACAAGGAUAAACAACUGGUACUGUUUGUCGGUCGAUUCCAAUACAACAAAGGAUUAGCUAGUUUUGAACGUGCGAUUGCGUCUUUUAUUGAACAUGACAUGGUGCUUGUGAUAAUUGGUCAACCCAACAACUACCCCUUGGCCCAAGUGAAACAAUGGCAAGAGGAUUACCCGGAUCAUGUGUACGUGAUGACGACGGCUCAGGAACAGAAACGAUGGUUGAUGUAUGUACGUGCGGCGGCCGAUCUUGUGUUUGUACCCAGUGUCACUGAAAGUUUUGGCCUGGUGGCGGCGGAAGGCAUGAUGUUUGGCGCUCCCGUGUUAUCGACAGGUGUGGGUGGUUUGAAAGAAUUCUUGGUGGAUCGAAGUCUAGACAAUUACAAUGCCUAUCUCUAUCAAUUGGAUAAUAAGGAUCAUUCAUUGGAAACCGCUAUUGCCCAGGCUGCCCAUGAUUAUCGUUAUUUUGUUCAUCAUCGCUCGGCCCGUGAAUUGUUUCUUUUACGACUGAUCAAGCAAGCUCUGGCUUUGGGUUGGACAAGACCUCCUUCUUCCAUUCAUCAUCAUCCUUUGGCUGGUCCUGUCUAUGAUUAUAUUCGUGUCUAUGCAAUGGCUAUUCAAGAUCAACACAACAAAAUGGAAAAAAAAGAACAAUAGAUAAUUUAUUUAUUCAUUGACAAUAAAGAUUCCUUUUUUUUUUUUUUAUCAUUUU